AUAAUUUCUAAGGUUUUGUUUUAUUGCUAGAUUCUGGUUUUCCUGUCUAUUUCUACGAAUUCAAGCACCGCCCAUCAAUGUUUGAAGAUUCAAAGCCAGAUUUUGUUACAGCAGAUCAUGGAGAUGAACUUCUGUAUGUCAUCGGAGCCCCGUUCUUGUCUGAUAUGGAACUAUUAAGUGGUAGGUCUUGGAUAUUACUGGUCAUCUUCAUUUAUAGUGGCUCUGCCAUUUUGCAAGAUUUGUUUUUAAAUUAAUAUUUUCUGUCCCCAUAUUUCUCCUUGUUUUUUAUUGUGUCUGUUUUUUUUUCCUUUCUUCAAUUCAGCUUAAUUUUUUCAGUUCUAAAUAAGAAAAAUAGGGGCGACCUUUUGCCAUGGGGGUGCUUAACAGUAACGACUUUGUGACGAAAGCAACUUCGCCACUGGUUUUUGGAGGGGUCUGUUUGCCAGCCUCCUACCCUAGGACUAUGGGCCCUGUGAUAACCCAUGUUCAAAAGUACUGUUUCUGCCCCUUCAGCUUUUACUGGAACAGAUUCAAACAUGUGGUGGUGGCCAUCUUAAAUUGUCCAGCAGUGUUUUGUCGUCGAGUGUAUGGAACUGUUUUGGGGACUAUGUGCACGGUGGGGCAAAAAUAAGACUUCCAGGAAAUUCCUGAACCCCUGAACCGAUCCGGGUGAUUUUUGGAUAUGUUGUUCACCCAGAUCAGGGGAUGUGUUGUAUUUUGGGGUACUUUUUGGGGUUUGUAAAAAUUUAUAUUUUUUCUGCUUAGAGUUAAUUGAGUUAGUCCAUUGUCUUCGUUAAUUAUAUCACAGGCAGAUGGGAGGGAUUGUGUACACUGUAUGGGAGUGACUGAAUGUAAAACGAUGUUUUUAUUGGCUUGUUGUUCCUGUGUCCCUGUACCCCACAAUGUCCACCUGGGUGGUAACCUUGUGGGGAAAACUGUAUAAAAGACCAAGCUGUUCAAUAAACCCUCAGAUCUGCUGUUCCUGUUUGACCCUCAACACGUAGUCUUGUCUCGUGAUUGGAGGGGAACUUCUAUAAUCACACUGGUGAUUGCUAUACUUUGUAUACUCCCCUGGGCUUUAAUCAAUUAGCUCUUUUAAGAGCUGUUCCUGUUACACUCUCCUCGAGGCGAGGUCUCUCCCACAUGGUCCUGGCUUUCACCCAGGUUUAUCCAGAGUGGAAGGAAGUUGGUGACGGCAGUUGGCCAGUUAAGCAAUGGCGGUUGUGGAGUCUGCGGUGGUUGUGCUUAUAGUCCUCGGCGUCAGCUAGGAAGCGUCCAUUAACGGAGGUACCCAGUCGGGGUACCAGGUGGUCCGGUACAUUGGUAACAGGCUUCAUUUUCUUUGAAAUGUUUUUAAAGUCUGGAGUCCCCCGGUGCUGUCCUUUUAUUCAAUAUUUAAUCAUUUUUAAUGCUAAACGAGAGUUCCCAGCCACCCAUCACCUCUCUGCUGCUCAAACUAGUGAGGACGCAUUAGCGUGAGCUGUAUUGGGAGUUGAGAGUGUCAGCUGACUGCUUUUAACCUACCACAGCAACCAUGGUUGGUAUGGGUAAAAUUAUGUGUGUAAUCUUAAUCUUAUCCAUGCCUCCUGUAUGGACCAAGCGGUGGGUAGUCAGCGACAUUCAGUGUUAAACUGUUUGAAAAUUAUUUUACACUGAAUGGAGGGACUCCAGGCAAUAUAACCAAUUCAAUGAGAUGAGUGGCUAAUAGAGCCUACAUUGCCCUUAAAAGGGACACAAUAGUCAUAAAAACAACUAAAUUAAGCCGUUUUGGUGUAUAGACCAAUGCCCCAACAGUUUCACUGCUCAAUUCUCUGUCAUUUACGAGUUAAAUCACUUUAGUUUCUGUCUAUGGAACACUAGCCACACCCAGUGGCGUACACAUGACCCAUGGGGCACCGGUGCGAAAACGUAUCCGUGGCCCCCCCCCCCCCGUGUGCGGGCCGGGCCGCAACACAUGGCGGUGGGCACCUGGUCGCAGGGGUUACAGGGCUGCGACCCCUGCGACCGCAGUAUGUACGCCAGUGCAUGCAGAUGCACACACACUUAAAAGACCACUACAGACACCCAGAUCACAUCAGCUCAUUGAAGUCGUCUGGGUGUCAGGCCCCUCUAGUUUUAACCCUGCAGCUGAAAACAUAGCAGUUUCAGAGAAACUGCUAUGUUUCACUGAGGGUUAAUCCAGCCUCUAGUGGCUGUCUCACUGACAGCCGCUAGAGGAGCACACUGAAUGUCCAUAGGAAAGCAUUGACUAAUGCUUUCCAAUGGGCGGUUUGAAUGCGUGCGCGGUCGCAUUCGGAGCUGAGAGGCUGAGGGAUCACCAGCGCCAAGGGAGUCCGGCGCUGGAGAAAGGUAAGUGCUGAAGACACACACACUCUCACUUACAGACGCAUACACACUAGCUAACAGACACACACAUGUACUGACAGAGACACACUCAGCGACAGACAUACAUACACACUCACUUACAAAACAUACACUUUCAUUGACAAACACAAACUCACUAACAGACAUCAAACAGACUCACUAACACACACACACACACACACUCAGUAAGACACACACAGUAACACACUCACUAGCAGACACACACACUAACACUCACACUAACACUCACACUAACACACACUCUAACACUCACACUAACACUCACACUAACACUCACACUAACACUCACUAGCAGACACACACACUAACACUCACACACACAAACACUCACACACACACACUCUAACACUCACACUAACACUCACUCUAACACACACUCUAACACACACACACACUCUAACACUCACACACACACUCUAACACGUUUAAAAAAAAAUAAAAAAAUGUAAUCCCCCCAGCCUCCUUACCUUUUGGAGUGCUGGGGGGAUUCCCUGGGGUCCAGUGGUGCUGCUGGGCUGGCUAGCGGGCUGUCUGGCAGGCGCGCGAGGGAGCACUCUGCUCUGAGUGCUUCCUCUUCAGCUCCCUCGCGCGCCGCAUAGGGAUGCCGGCGCCGGAAGAUGAUGUCAUCUUCCGGCUCUGGUAUCAUUGCGGUGCACGAGGGAGCUGAAGAGGAAGCACUGAGUGCUCCCUUGCGCGCCCGCCUGCCCGACCGGGCCCCCUGCGACCCUGGUAUGUACGCCACUGGCCACACCUCCCCUGGUUGUGACUCACACAGUCAGCAUGGAAAAAAAAUGUUUCAUUUUUAAUCAGAAGUUAACUUGCUUUAAACUUCUUUAUCUCCUGCUCUGUAAAUUGAACUUUAAUCACAUGCAUGAUCUAUAAGGCUUUAACAAAGUAGGAUAUAAGAAAUUCUAAAUUAAACAGAAUGUGCAAUAAAGGAAGUUUAAACAUUAGCUCUCUCUUUACAGAAAGUGUUAAGGAAAGCUGUGUAAGUCACAUGCAGGCAGGUGUGACUAGUGCUGUAUGAACAAAAUGCUAAAUUCUCUGACAUUUAGGAGUUAAAUCAGUGAGACUGCAGGGGCAUGAUCUAUACACCAAAAACUACUGCAUUAAGCUAAAGUUGUUUUGGUGCCUAUAGUGUCCCUUAAAGCAAAGUUCACAUCAUAAUUAGGCAUUUGAUACAGUUCCACACAAUAGAUUAGUGUUCAAACUCAAGGAAAUCGGUCUAGAUGAAAAUGCUUGUUCUUGGGUAGAACAUUGGCUUAAAAACAGAGUACAAAGAGUUGUCAUUAAUGGUAAAUUUUCAACUGGACAGAGGUGGCAAGUGAUGUCCCUCAGGGGUCUGUUCUGGGACCCCUUCUAUUUAACAUGUUUAUAAAUGAUCUUGAAGACCGCAUUGAAAGUCAUGUUUCAGUGUUUGCAGAUGACACCAAACUUUGUAAAACAAUACAAUGUGAGCAAGAUAUUACUUUGCUGCAGAGGUAUUUAGAUAGACUGGGGGACUGGGCACUCAAAUGGCAGAUGAAACUUAAUGUUGAAAAAUGCAAAGUUAUGCACUUCGGCGUAAAGAAUACACAAGCAACGUAUACCCUUAAUGGAAGCGAAUUAGGGAUAACAACACAUGAAAAGGACUUGGGAAUUGUUAUAGACAACAAACUAUGCAACAAUGUGCAAUGUCAAUCAGCAGUGGCCAAGGCCAGUAAGGUAUUGUCAUGCAUGAAAAAGGGCAUUCAUUCUCGGGACAAGAAUAUAAUUUUGCCUCUUUAUAAAUCACUGGUAAGACCCCAUAUUCAAUAUGCUGUGCAACUUUGGGCACCUGUUCUAAAGAAGGAUAUUAUGGCACUAGAAAAAGUGCAGAGGCGGGCUACAAAACUAAUAAAAGGAAUGGAACAUAUCAGCUAUGAAGAAAGGUUAACAAAUUUAAACUUAUUUAGUUUAGAAAAACGUCGCCUGAGAGGGGAUAUGAUAACUUUAUACAAAUAUAUUCGGGGCCAAUACAAACCAUUGUGUGGAAAUCUAUUCACAAACCGGACUUUACAUAGGACACGAGGCCAUGCGUUUAGACUGGAAGAAAGAAGAUUUCGUCUAAGGCAAAGGAAAGGUUUUUUACUGUAAGAACAAUCAGGAUGUGGAAUUCUCUGCCUGAAGAAGUGGUUUUAUCAGAGUCCAUACAGAUGUUCAAACGGCUACUAGAUGCAUACUUGCAAGAACAGAAUAUUCAAGGAUAUAAUCUUUCAAUGUAGGGUAAUAACUGCUUGAUCCAAGGAUAAAUCUGACUGCCAUUCUGGGGUCAAGAAUUAAUUUUUUCCCUAACUUGUUGCAAAAUUGUGCUUCAAACUGGUUUUUUUUGCCUUCUUUUGGAUCAACAGCAAAAAAACAAAUGUGAGGUAGGCUGAACUUGAUGGACGCAAGUCUCUUUUCAGCUAUGUAACUAUGUAACUAUGUAACUAUGUAAUAAUCCCAUGACCUUGUCUCUCAAUUUAAUAAACCCCAAGCAUCAUGUAAUUAUGCACCAGAAUUGGUUUAUUUACUGUUGUCAAAUGUCUGUGUGGAAAGGAAGACAUAUAUAAAAUGUGACUAAAAAAUAUUAAAAUAAAAAUGAAAUAAAAUUGUAUAUAAAGCUCUUCAUAUAGGAUUCCUGCUUUAUCGAUACACAAUAAAGAUACAAAAAAGAAGUAGAAAAGUGAAGCAUUAGAAAUCAUCAUAAUGUAUAUGGCAACAUAUGGUGAAACUGUGUUGUGUGUGUGUGUUUUUUUCUUUUCUUCAUACGAUGUUUCAACUAAAUAAUUACUGUUAUUAAGUACAAGUGAUAGAACUUUAACAACCUUGUAUAAUGUUUUAAUAUAAAAUCCUAUAAUGAUAUUUCUGAAGUUUCCCUCAUUUGCUGAAAUGCAUCUCUUUUAGUUAUUCAUCUUUGAGUUUCUAUUUCCAUGUUACAUUGUGUCCACAAACAGUAAGUCUAUCUGCUUCCUUCCGAAGGUGAUAUGACAGAUGAAGAAGAGGCCCUCAGUAAAAAUGUCAUGAAAUAUUGGGCCAACUUUGCUCGAAAUGGGUAAGACCAGUGUUGACUACUCGAUUUAAAGAAUAUAAUGUUUAUAAAGCACUGUGCCUCUCACAGGAAUAACACAUUCAUGCAAUGGACAAUUUAGAGGAAGUCACUUGAGGCAUUUCAAGGUACUGAGACAGGAUUUCAUAAGGAGACAAUGUUUCGGCUCCUCUCUGAGACUUUAUCAAGGUGCCGAAAUGUUGUCUCCACUUCCUUGUUUUAAAUAAAGACUGCCUUUUAGAAGAAACCUCAAGUGUGCCUGGAUAUUUUUUUUUCCCCCAUUUGAUGUCUUCAGGGACUGGCCCUCAUUUUCUGGAGCACCCUGCAAGAAGUAUUCCUCCCUUUUUUAUUGUGUAAAUUUUACUCUUUUUUAAAAAAAAAUGUUUUUGUAUUUUUUUUUGCAAACAACUGUACUUGGCUCUCCAGGUGACAUACAGAGACCACAAGACCUUAUGGCUACAGGAACUUCCCCAGUGGCACCCCCUUUCAGUCAGUCACCAAGUGAGGGGUGAUUAAUGUAGUUGAUGUGUUGCUACCUCUCUCUUGAUUGUGUGUGUAGCUUAGCCCAAUUCAUGGGAUGAGGCUAAAUGCAGAUUUAUCAGUGAGGGUUCAGAAGUCAGAAGGCAAAUAUUGCCUGAUGCUCCAUAACUCAAAUCCCUAAUAGCAAUGAGUCUAUUACAAAGGAUAUACCUGGCCUUCUCUUUCGGCCAGUUAUUAAAUCCAAAUAUGAGGUGUGUAAUCACUCAACUAAUGCUCACUGCUUACUUUGAUUUAUAUUCCUACAGUGAUCCAAAUGGACCAGGUCUGGCCAAGUGGCCAAAAUAUGACGAAGAUGAAUAUUAUCUGCAAAUUAACCUUGAACAAAAAGCAUCAAAGAAGCUAAAACAUGGAAGAUUUGAGUUUUGGACCAAGACACUUCCUGAGAAAAUCCAACAAUUAUCAGCAGGAGAUCAUACAGAGUUAUAAACUGCUUAACAUUUUGUCUCAUAUACACAAUUUCCUAUUCAAUAAAAAAUACAC